CCCCCCCCCUCGUUGCAAAGCGCAGCUGCUGGAGCGGCAGAAGGGAAGUGGGUCUUUUGCCCGGGCAGCUUCCCUUUUCCUGACUUUUGCAACGCGGCCGCCCUCCGGUUCCGCGGCCGGACACGAGCGAUGUGGUGCAUGCAAUCGCUCCGUCACCGGCUCCGGCUGCCUGGCUUCCAGCUCUGGGCGGCUGGGCCUCUUUCGGCUUCCUGCAGCUGGAAAACCGGCUUCUCGGAGCUUCGCCGCCCUGCGUCGCCGAGGGAUCAACGCUGCGCCAUGGCCGGGUCUUCCCAGCACGCCUCUUAUAAGCACCUGGAAAACGGAGGAGAAAAAAAGACAGUUAUCUGCAUUGAGGGGAAUAUUGCUAGCGGGAAAACAACCUGCCUGGAUUAUUUUGCUAAAAACACUGGCAUUGAGGUGUUGACAGAACCAGUAUCUAAAUGGAGGAAUGUCCGUGGUCACAACCCUUUGGCCUUAAUGUAUCAAGACGCAAACCGGUGGGGACUGACAUUACAGACUUACGUGCAGUUGACUAUGUUGGACCGGCAUACAAAACCAAUGAUUUCUCCCAUAAGAAUGAUGGAGAGGUCAAUUCACAGCGCAAAGUACAUUUUUGUGGAGAACUUAUAUCGCAGUGGGAAAAUGCCAGAAGUAGAUUAUGUCAUCCUGACUGAAUGGUUUGACUGGAUCGUCAAGAAUAUGAACGUGUCAAUUGAUCUGAUAGUUUACCUACAGACCUCUCCUGGCAUGUGUUAUCAGAGACUCAAGCGGAGGUGCAGGGAAGAGGAAAAGGUGAUUCCCAUGGAAUAUUUAGAAGCUAUUCAUCAGCUUUAUGAAGACUGGCUCAUUAACCAAACAUUGUUCAAAGUCCCUUCUCCAGUGCUUGUGCUGCAGGCUGAUGAUGACCUGCAGGAAAUGAUGGAGAAAUAUGAAGAGAAUCAGGACCAAAUCUUAAUGCUGGACAACACCCAACGCCGUCGGUAGAAUCAGCUGUCUUACUAUGGACAAGACUCUGUUGCCCAAAACAACAAGUACACAGAGGGUUUAGCUUAACUGAGAGAGCGAGCUGUAGGCUUGGUUUCUGCAAGCAGCUUGAAUUGGUGGGCUUGGAAACUUGAAGGCAUUCUGAGCAGUCCAAGUGUUUGGAAUUACAGAAUCGCUGAGAAGGUCCACUAUUUCCAUGCAGGAUGACCCACCCAGAGCCAGAAUGGAUUCUGCACUCUUCUCUGCUUCCCCUCCUCAUCCUCAGCCUCUUCUCUGUUUUUGGACUGUACCCUCGAAGAGUAAAUACGUACACAUAAGGUGUGGCUAAUUCUUCUCUUUCGCAACAGCCCAUCUACUUUUUUCAGCCGCUUGCACUUAAUGCUGCUAGUGAGGCCCAAGAGACUCACAAAUGAUGGAGAAAUAUGAAGAGAAUCUGAAUGGAAUGUGUAGCUAUGACUUGAUUCCUCCUGCUGCCAAGAGACGGUGCCGUUUGGAGUUAGCAAAUGUGCAGCUCAAAUGCAAUGACAUUAAAAAAUUUUUUUUUC